GCAAUAUAUCACUUAUGACGCCCUGUUAAGCGAUGCUCGCUAUUAGAUUGUGCCCCUCGUAUCCCCCUCUAAACCACCUGUUUCCACAUGCCUAACAGCCAGAUCUAACAUUCUCUCUGAAUGCUGUAAGCCUGAAUUGUGAUUAACUUGCUCAUUGACAAAGUUUAAGCACUUUAAAACAGUCAGCCCUUCAUGUAAAUAAAAGGCUUGAAUGUUGACUGACACAAACUCAGGUAAGUUGAUUGGUGUUUAUAAUGAUCUUGCAUGUCUUUUGAAGUUGCAAGUGGAAGAAGAUAUGAGAGAAAAGAAAUAAGGCUGUUGUAUAACAGGAGUUCUCAGGAAACUUAAAUAAGGGUAGAGAUUUUGUUGGAAGUUCUUUAAAAAAAAAAAAAAAAGCCUUUUUUUUCUUUUUCCUCCUCUGGGAAAGGGUGGGUUUAGCUUGUUUUAAACAGUAUACAUUUAUAAAAGUUUAAAACUCAAGCUGCUUAGCAAUGGGUUUGGAAACCUGAGCACAGUUCCAUAAUCCUUAUUAUAGUGCUGUACAGUCCUGUUUGAGGGUGUGCUUAAAUACGUCACCCGUAUAUGUAAUAACAUACCAAAACUAGAAAAGCUGGCUGAUCAGGAAGCCUUUGCUCAUAGCUGGCCAUCAUCUAGUACAGGGUAGCACCAAGUGGAAUGAAAGGGGAAGAUAAUCCUUCCACCUUUAAGCUCUGCAUAGUUUUUAUUAUUUUUAUAUGGGAUUAUGUUACCUAGGUGUAGGGAACUGUGAGCCAUUUGUAAAUGUUUCUUUUAAAACUGUUUAAUAAAUUAAAUGCAUGCAGGUUAUAUAUAUUGGAAUAAUAUUUUUCAGACGAGCUUUCAUUCAUGAAAUUUCACAAUAAAAAUUGAUUUCGGCAAAAGUUGUACUGUGCUUUUUCACCCCCAACAUCUUUGCAGUACUGUUCUGAAUGAUUGCAAGAUAAAGAGCUGUAUAUUUAAUAAUACAUUUUCACGGCAUUCCAGUGGGCCAGUAAGGCUCUACUAGCAAUAUUUUGUAACAGUGAAGAGCAAGUGAGAUGAGUUGAUCUACACAGCAGUUCAUUCAGGACAGUAACUGCGUCAUCAGUAUGCUCCCGAUAGAGGACUGUUUCAUAUUAAAAUAAUACUCACAUUAAAAUUCCCUACUCAUUGGUUUCUCAUAAUGGGAAAACCCGUAUAUAUGUGGGUUUUUCCUUGUUUUGGUUUGAUUUUUACCGACAUUUUUUCUACACCGGUGAAAGCGCUGUUUGGAGCGUGCCCUGUACCGGAAGUGCUCGGUCGACUUCCUGGCGACGCCAUUUCGUGAUUUAUUCAUUUGGCGGUUGCUUUCGUAGCGGUUUCUACGGGACAAUAAAUCGGCAGUAAAGAUGGUUAAGAUCUUUGUCGGCAACCUUUCUUCGAGUGCGACCAAAGAAGACCUGCGCAGUCUUUUCUCGCAAUAUGGCAAAGUUGCGGAGUGCGACGUGCUGAGAAACUUUGGCUUUGUGCACAUGGAUUCCCAAAAGGAAGCCGAGGAGGCCGUCCGUAAACUUCACCACCAUGAACUGAACGGGCAGCCCAUCAAUGUGGAGAUGAGUCGAGGCAAGCCCAAAGGAACCACCAAACUGCAUGUAGGCAACAUUAGCAGUAGCUGCACUAAUCAGGAGCUGCGCGACAAGUUCGAGGAGUUUGGCCCUGUGAUUGAGUGCGACAUUGUGAAGGACUAUGCCUUCGUCCACAUGGAGCGAAGGGAAGAUGCGAUGGAGGCCAUCAGUGUGCUGGACAACUCUACCUUUCAAGGCAAGGUGAUAAAUGUACAACUGUCCACCAGUCGCCUCCGCACUGUGCCUGGCAUGGGAGACAUAACCGGCUGUUACGUCUGCGGAGAACCCGGUCACUGGUCCAAAGACUGCAGGCGCGGUCAGAACGGUAGCUAUGGCGGCGGUCACAUGGGGGGAAUCCGUGGUGCCAGGGGUUUUCCUAGAGCAGGUCCUGUUUAUGCCAGUGGAGGCCCUGCAGCAUUCCCCAGCCGGAGCUAUCCAGCAGCACUGCCCCCUGUCCCAACAGUGAGCCACACCCCCAGCUAUGGGAUUUCCCGAGAGUAUGUUGGGGAAACUCGGUACCUCAGCAAACCGAUGAGUGUCUACCCGGAGAGGGCCACCUCAUACGAGCGUGAACGCUACAGCAGCAUUGAUUACUAUGAGAAGUUUCGGGCUCGGCCUUUUGCUUCUAGCUAUCUUGAGGAUAGACGUCUCUCCAUUCCCCCUCCUCCCCCUCUCUCUUCUUCCUCUCUCUCAAGGAUGCGGUUGGCUCCUUCCAGCCUUGACCCGUAUGACCGACGCGCUCUACCGCCACCGUCCUCCGCGGCCUCUGCGUACUACUCGCGGGACCGUAGCCCGAUCCGAAGAGUCGGCGCCGGCUCUGAGGGCUACUCGUAUGAGCGCUCGCGUCUUUCCCCGGUUUCGAGGAGCAGCUCGUACAGCGUGUCGCGGGCCAGGGACACCCCCACUGACCGGGCUCGGUAUGAUUACUAAGCCGCGCGCAUGCCAAGGCGCUUUGAAACAGCAGGACUUUCUUUUAGCGAUCAUUCCCUCCUCCUUCCUCUGGUCAGCAGAAAUAUUUCCGGAGGCACGGUUGGAUUUGAAGAAAGCAGGACUGAGAAGACACGCGCACCCAUUAUCAUUUAGAGUCGCCUUCAGCUUAUGAAUGUUUAACUUUACCAGACUUAUUAGAGCUGUUAAGAUAGUCUUUUCUGCAUUGCCCAGUGUGAAUUAUAAAUUCUUAUUACUAAUUUUUUGUUCAUCAAGUCUUUGUAAGAAUGUUUCUUGCAUGUUUGCUUUUCAGUUUUUGCAGAAUUCUUCUACACUGUUUUAAAGUUUUCCACACAUAUUGAGAAACAGUUGCUGUUUGCUUCUGAUGUGAACUGCCGUUUAGUUACUUUUAGUGCGUGCUUUGUUUGGGGGUUCUCAUUCAGUCGGUUUCAAGAUUUCCUUUAUUAGUUUCAUGUAGCAAGCAUUACACGUCAUGUGAUGACAAUCUGUUUCAGUUCUUGAUAUCGCUAUGUUUAAGCGUUUUUUUCAAGCUUUAUGGAGAAAAUGAAACCCAAAACAAACAUUCCUGUUACCUUCAUUCAUUGUCACUGACUUGUCACUCGCUUGAUGCUCGUUCAUCUCAUAAUGUACAUCAUGUGCAAGCAGGGAGCUGAAACAUUAGUGGCAAAUGAAGUGAGAUGAUCAGAUAACUGCAAGAUUCUGGAUGGUCUUUUCCUAUGAGGAAUUGGGACUGAGUUAGUUUAUCGGAUUCAAAAUAGAGUUCAUCGGUCAUGAAUUUGAAAUGGUAAAGAAAGGAUUAUUUAAUCUCUACGUGCACACUUGCUUUAAAGACAACCUGUUCUGUACAGACUGUUGGCAAAAGGAUAUCUUGUAAGAGAAUGCAUCGUUGCAAGCCAAUGCUGGAUUAUUUGAUAAACUGGUACUUGUGCAGAGUUUGCCUCGUGGCAGUGGAUGGAGAAAAGUCGAUGUAGGACUGUACAUAAGAGUAAAGUAAGAUCAAGUAAGUAUGGAAAUGUGAUGACCAACUGUCACUCAGGGCUCAGUUCACCUUUGAGACUGCUGGUGUGCGUAACUUCUGUAUGGGCGCCUUGGUAAGAUCUGUGAGGUUUAUAAAUUUGAUUUCCCUCAAGAAGUCAAGUGUGUUUUAUAUCUUUUUUUUUUUUUUUUUUU